AUGGAUAAUCUCUUCUUCAGGAGCCACCUUAGCUACCCGUCCACCCCUCGCUACUAUUACCCACCUGUCCGACAUGUACCUGUGCACCGCCAGACGACGACGGUUCAGAAGGUGGUGGAGAUUCCCGUUCGUUAUGUAGAGUCUGCGCCUAGCAGGUUGGAUUCUGUGGUUAAGAUUCAGAAGGUGUUCAGGGGGUUUUUGGUCAGAAAAAGCGUUAGGAAGAUUGCUGCGAUUAGGAGGGAGGUUGAUGAGAUAGAGACGAGGAUUUCGAUGAAGGAAACUGUGGAGCUGAUUCGGAGGGAUUCGAAAGAGCCGUUGAAGGUUAAUGAGAUGCUUAUGAAUUUGUUGUUGAGGUUGGAUUCUGUGCCGGGUGUUGAUUCUGGAGUUAAGAAUUGCAGGAGGGCUGUGAUUAAAAAGGCGAUCAGGUUGCAGGAGAUGGUUGAUGCUAUUGUUGCUGGUGAUCAAGCAUUGGAAGUAGAUGAUUUUGCCAAGAAAGGCGAAGAAGAUGACGACCAAACCCCAGAAAACCAAGUUAGGGCCCCUGACUCUGAAGGUAUUGUUGCUAAUUCUGCUUUUAAUUCCAAUUCUUCGAAGAAAUUGCAAAAUCAUGUUGGAUCUGUACCAAAAAGCGAUUCUGUUUCUAUUGAUGAUGUGGGUGAAUCGGAGAAGAUGCCUGAAGUGUUUGAAGAAACGUCAAAAUUGCAAAACCCAGGACAACAAGACUCUAAAACGGCUCGUGAAGGCCUGGGGGGUGUGGAAGCUGAAGUUGAAGUUAUAGAAGAUGGAAAUAUGGAAGAUAAUGUGUCAUUAUCAGGGAGUGAAUGUGCAGAAAGUGUGGAUGUAAGUCGAGAAGAGAGCCAAGUGGAUUCCUCUGGGAACCCGGAAGAUGAUCCCUUGGAAAACCUUGAAGCUGUAGCUGAUCAGAAUGAAGUAAGACAUGAGAAAGAGCAAUCUUGUGGCGACAAAAAUGAAGCAAGCGGAAAGAGCAGAGAACUUCUGGAGAGGAUGAUGGAAGACAAUGAGAAAAUGAUGGGGAUGAUGACGGAGUUAUUUGAGAGGAAUGAGAUGCAAACAGGGUUACUGAGCUCACUGUCACAGAGGGUUGAGCAGUUGGAGAGGGCUUUAAUGUGUGAAAGAUCAAAGAGGAAGAAGAAGAAGAGAAAUGCUGUUGUAUUAGUGGAUUGUUUAGAAUCAACACAAGAUGCUAAAAAAUGUGGAAAGAGAUAA